AUGGGCAACAGGAGCAAUGUGUCCUUCCUGCAGCUCUUCAAGAACAUCAACCUGGAGAGAGCCGACGGGACGCAGGGGGACAGCUCCGACGUGGUGAGGAUUGUCAUCUCCCUCGUGUACUCCGUGGUGUGUGCCCUGGGGCUGGUGGGCAACCUGCUGGUGCUCUACCUGAUGAAAAGCAAACAAGGCUGGAGGAAGUCCUCCAUCAACCUCUUCGUGACCAGCCUGGCAGUGACUGACUUCCAGUUUGUGCUGACCUUGCCGUUCUGGGCAGUGGAGAACGCACUGGACUUCAACUGGCUCUUCGGCAAAGCGAUGUGUAAGAUUGUCUCGUAUGUGACAGCCAUGAAUAUGUAUGCCAGUGUCUUCUUUCUCACUGCCAUGAGUGUUGCUCGAUACCGCUCUGUGGCUUCAGCCUUGAAGAAUCAGCGACGAGGUGACCCAGUGGGUGGCUGCUGCUCCGCUAAGUGGCUUUGUGCACUGAUCUGGCUGUCAGCUAUCCUGGCUUCUCUGCCCCAUGCCAUUUUUUCCACCACUGCCACUGUCUUUGAUGAUGUACUCUGCCUCGUCAAGUUCCCUGAGGGCAGAGGCAGCAACGCCCAGUUCUGGCUGGGUCUGUACCACAUCCAGAAGGUGCUGCUGGGCUUUGUGGUGCCGCUGGUCAUUAUCAGCCUCUGCUACUUGCUCCUGGUGCGCUUCAUCAGUGACAAGCACGUUGGCAGCACCUGCAGCGGCCCCAGCACCAAGCGCCGCUCCAAGGUGACCAAGUCAGUGUCCAUCGUGGUACUGUCUUUCUUCUUGUGCUGGCUGCCUAACCAAGCACUCACAACAUGGGGCAUCCUCAUCAAACUCAACGUGGUGCACUUCAGUACUGAGUACUUCCUCUCCCAAGUGUACCUCUUCCCCAUCAGUGUGUGUCUGGCACACUCCAACAGCUGCCUCAAUCCCAUCCUCUACUGCCUCAUGCGCAGGGAGUUUCGCAAGGCGCUGAAGAGCCUCCUCUGGAGGAUCACCUCACCCUCCCUCACCGCCAUGCGCCCUUUCACUGACACCACCAAGCCCGAGCAGGAGGAGCAGGCCCUGCACGCCUUGAUGCCCGUCCAGCCGGUCACUGCUUCUUGCCCUGCUGCAGCAGCCAUCGAGCCGGAGAUGGCCUACUACCCCCCUGGGGUGGUGAUGUACAGCAGCCGCUACGACCUGCUGCCUGCCAGCUCCACCGAGCAGCACUGCAAAUACACUGAUGCAUCUAAAGGUAGAGAGCUAGCCAUGAACUUCUGA